AUGGCGUCGGACGAAAUUGUUUGGCAGGUGAUUAACCAGCAGUUCUGUUCUUUUAAGCUCAAGACCACAAAGGAGCAAAACUUCUGUCGCAACGAACACAAUGUCACUGGUCUCUGCAAUCGUCAAUCAUGCCCUCUUGCCAACUCUCGCUAUGCCACCAUCCGCGCCGACCCGCAAACACAGCGUCUCUACCUCUACAUCAAGACGAUCGAGCGCGCACACAUGCCCAGCAAGUGGUGGGAGAAGAUUCGUCUCAGCAGCAACUACUCAAAGGCCCUGGAGCAAGUCGACGACCGCCUCAAGUACUGGCCCAAAUUCCUGGUCCACAAGAACAAGCAACGUCUCACUCGCUUGACACAAGUCAGAGUGCGCAUGCAGAAGCUGGCCCGUGAGGAGGAGAGACUCGGAGAACAGUUGGUGCCCAGACUUGCACCCAAGAUCCGCAGAAGAGAAGCAACCCGUGAACGCAAGGCAGAAUCGGCUGCCAAGAUUGAGCGUGCCAUCGAGAGAGAGCUGGUCGAGAGACUGAGAAGCGGUGCCUACGGUGAACAACCCCUCAACGUCGAUGAGAACAUCUGGAAGCGUGUCAUGCGCACUCUGGAGCGUGGUGGCGAGGCCACACGUGAUGAGGAUCUCGACGAGGGUAUCGACGAGGAAGAUGAGGAGGAGUACGAAUACGAGCAAGAGGAGGAAGGUCCCGACGUCGAGUACGUCAGUGACAUCGAGGAGAGCGACGACGACAUGGACGACCUGGAAGACUGGCUCGGCAGCGAAAAAGAGGCCGACUCAGACGACGACGAGGAAGACGAGGACGAUGACGAGGAUGGCGACAGCGCAUCUGGAGAGGACGACAAGGAACUGGCCAAGAAGCUUGCAGACCUCAAGAAGCGCAAGAGACCUGCAGCAGACACGAAAUCGAAGAAGAAGACUGGCUCAAAGGGCCCCAAGAGGGAGAUCGAGUACGAAUACGAACGUCCGGCCAGGGAGAUGGUUAUUGCCAAAUAA